UAGAGUUGUUUUUAUUUUGAAGAUCCCACGAUUCCGAAUCCAAAGCUCUCCUCUGCGGACUUCAAAUUGACUUGCCUGUUUAAUUAUCUCUCGGGUUGGUUUGUUCAACUUUCAAAUGGAAGCAUCUCAAGAUGUAAAAGUCGAGCAACUCAUAAAAUGGCUGCAAGACAGAGGUUGGAAGUGUGAUCCGCUGCUGUUGCGAGUCUUUGAUUUCCCACAAACCGGAAGAGGACUCCAAGCUUUGAAACGGAUAGAACCUGGAACCAGGCUCAUAGCCAUCCCAGGAGCACGGAAUAUCCUAAUCAGCCUGUACUCCAUUAGGCAAUGCCCUGCUUUUUUACAAUCCCUUACCUCUUCCAAAGAAGUGGAGCAACUCGGAUCCCACCUGAUUCUUUCGUCGUUUCUCAUGUUCUUAAAGAGCAAUAAUGGAUUUUGUGGACCUGACAAUUGGAACCCUUAUUUGAACAGUUUACCUGAAUGUUACAGUGUUCCAUUUUUCUUGAACGCUCAAACUGUGAAUAUCCUUCCGAGAUAUUUGAAGGCUCUGGUUGAGGCUCAGAUCGUGCUUGUGACCAAGAAUUUCCAACUGCUUAAAACAAAAUUCAUGUCAAGCCAACCGCCACUUGACAAUUUUUCUUGGGCAUGGUUUACCGUGAACACAAGGGGCGUGUUUUAUGAUUACAAAAAGGCCGAUCCAAAGUGCGAUAAUCUGGCUCUGGUUCCGUUUUUGGAUCUGUUCAACCACUCCUGUGACGUGACAGUUAAAGCUGGAUUUAUUCCAGACACAGAUUGCUACGAGAUCGUCACCGAGACUGGAAUUGAUGCUGGAUCGCAAGCUUUCAUAAACUAUGGACCUCAUGGCAACGUAAAGCUUUUUGUAGAAUAUGGGUUUGUCAUAGCUGAUAAUCCCAAUGAUUGUAUUCCCAUCACAUUGGAAGAGCUACAAGAGCAUCUCGGGUACACUCUCGUCCAGGACGAAAAGAUUGAGUUGGCGAGGAGAAAUGGCUUCCACCACAACAUGAGCAUUCAUCGUGAUGGUUGUACUUGGGGUCUCUUGGCUUGCCUCCAGAUUCUCACCAUGAAGACAGGAAAUGUACAUCAAUGGCAAAGAUUGGUUUACGAAACUGACCUGGAGAGCGAUUGCAAACUCCUACAAACACUUCGACUGUUUAUGGAUACUCUUGAAACAGAGAUCACCCAAUGUAAAUCCGGGUUGAUAGGUACGAAGAAUGGUGGAAGGUCUGAAGUGGUUCUGUUAUCGCUUCUAGAUGAACAUCUGCGAUUGCUAAAGCAAAGCGGGCGAGCUCUAGCUAACAAUAUAGAGAAAUAAUUCACUUCUCUAAGAUCCAACGACUAGAUAUUUUUGUAUUAUGACAGCAAAACAUUUACUGAAGGUUCAACUUCGUGAAUAUCGGGACAAUAAGCUCAACAGUGAUCGCAAUUUAUAGAAAUAAAAUGUGUUUAAAACUUCA